AUGAGUGAAAAGAAGAAAGUUCUAAUGCUACAUGGUUUUGUCCAAUCCGAUAAGAUAUUUUCUGCGAAGACUGGAGGAUUACGAAAGAAUUUGAAGAAGUUAGGUUACGAUUUAUACUAUCCUUGCGCCCCACAUUCAAUUGAUAAAAAAGCGUUAUUCCAAUCAGAGUCAGAAAAGGGUAGAGAUGCUGCGAAGGAAUUCAACACCUCAGCGACUAGUGAUGAAGUAUACGGGUGGUUCUUUAGAAAUCCCGAAUCUUUCAAUUCCUUUCAAAUAGAUCAAAAGGUGUUUAACUAUUUACGUAACUACGUGCUAGAAAAUGGACCAUUUGAUGGUGUCAUUGGAUUCAGCCAAGGUGCAGGUCUUGGGGGCUACUUAGUCACUGACUUUAACAGAAUAUUAAAUCUUACUGAUGAACAACAGCCCGCUUUAAAAUUUUUUAUUUCAUUUAGUGGAUUCAAAUUAGAAGAUCAAUCCUACCAGAAAGAAUAUCAUAGGAUUAUCCAGGUGCCCUCUCUACAUGUAAGGGGGGAGUUAGAUGAAGUUGUAGCAGAAUCUAGAAUCAUGGCAUUGUACGAGUCAUGGCCCGAUAACAAAAGGACAUUGUUGGUUCAUCCUGGAGCCCAUUUUGUCCCAAACUCGAAACCAUUCGUAUCCCAAGUUUGCAAUUGGAUCCAAGGAAUUACUAGCAAAGAGGGUCAAGAGCAUAAUGCCCAACCUGAAGUAGAUCGGAAACAAUUUGACAAACCUCAAUUGGAAGAUGAUUUGUUAGAUAUGAUCGAUUCCUUGGGUAAAUUGUAA